UUCACGCUGUAGUUAAGCCUACAUUGGGGGCUCCGUGUCUGGAAUAAUCAAUCUUAAGGAGGCUUUUCUUUACUAAGGAAGAUAAGAAGACUAUUUCAAUAGACAUGAAUAUGUUGAUGCUUUCCUUAGUUUUUUUCCUUUAUGGGAGUUUUACUUCGGUAUCUGCAUUUUGUCCCUCCGAAUGUUCGUGUCCUCCUGAGUUAGCCAGGUGCGCUCCAGGAAUCAGCCUCGUGCCAGACGGCUGUGGAUGCUGCAAAGCUUGCACGAGGCAGCUCAAUGAGGACUGCAGCAAGACAGAGCCAUGCGACCACAUCAAGGGACUGGAGUGCAACUUUGGGGCUGGUUAUGGCACAGCUAAAGGCAUCUGUCGAGCCAAAUCAGAUGGAAGACCCUGUGAGUACAACAGCAAGAUCUACCAGAAUGGAGAGAGCUUCACUGCCAACUGCAAGCACCAGUGUACAUGCAUGGAUGGUGCCUUGGGGUGUGUGUCCCUGUGCCCCCAGCAGCUCUCCCUGCCCAAACUGGGCUGUGCCAUAUCCAAGCUGGUCAAAGUGCCCAGUCACUGCUUUGAGGAGCUGGUCUGCCCUGAGGAGAGGGGGAAAGCCUCAGUGGACAAGAAGGUCAGCAAAGAUGGCCGCAAGGAUAAGCAUUCUGAUGAUGACUUCACAAAGAGAAACGAGCUGGUGUCUUUCAUCAGAGGAGGACUCAAGUCUUUAGCUGCUUUCAGGAGUAAAACUGAGAGUCGCUUGAUGUCCAAGGGGAACAGGAGGUGUGUGGCUCAGACCACAGCCUGGUCCCCCUGCUCUAAGUCCUGUGGUACAGGAGUUUCCUCCAGGGUCUCCAACAACAACAGCCAAUGCAAGCUGGUGAAGGUGACUCGUCUCUGUGAGGUCCGCCCAUGCUCCCAGUCAUCCUACUCAUUCCUGAAGAAGGGUAAGAAGUGUAGUCGCAUUGCGAAGGCCAGUCGUCCAGUGACGCUGACCUAUGCAGGCUGCAGCAGCGUGAAGAAGUUCCACUCCAGGUACUGUGGUUCUUGCCUGGACGGGCGCUGCUGCACCCCUCAGCAGACCCAGACUGUGGCCGUUCGCUUCCGCUGUGAGGACGGAGACACUUUCAGCAAAGACGUCAUGGUCAUAGAGUCCUGUUCAUGUGACUUUAGCUGUUCCCAUAACAACGAGAAGCUCUCUGGGCUCUCCAAUGAUAUCCGCGAAUCCAGAGUCUGAGGGGAUGGUUUAGGGUUCCACACCCUGUAUGUAAACUAGGAUCACAAAGGGGUGAGAUGACGGUGAGUGAGGAUAACUCCAUAUGUGCACUGCUAUGCUGGAGACAUUUAUUUUGAGGAUUUUUAAAAAUGAAUUGCUUCGUAAUAUUGGAGUUAUUGGCUGCUUCGAUAUGGAGCGUUUUAUGUUGUAAUAUUUCUGUUCAAUGACAACUUGUUUUGUAUGCAUGGCUGUCUUUUUGUGUUUAUUUGUAAAUAUGAAAACAUCUGCAUCGUGGCAGCUACUAGAAUGAUUUAAUCACGAGUAGAUUUGUCAAACAAGUGCCAAUGUUUUUAAUACCAUAACAUUAUUUGUAUUUAUUCUAAAAUCUUGACGUUUUCUAAAGAUAUGAUAGGCCAUAUUGGAAAAUCAUGUUUUUGACCAUUUGUUUUUUAAUGUUAUUUAUAAAAUGUAUGUAUUUAUGGAACCUGAUGCUCUGUUGUGAAUGACUAGAUAUCACAGUAUGGACAGUUGAUAUUUAACCUAGUUUUAUUGGCAUUGCUUUCUCUAGUUUAAUCUAUCCUCCGCCCAUAGUUAUUUUAGAGUAAGGGAUACCUGCUGUGUUUCUGGCUGACCCACUUCUGAGGGGAUCUAGAGUUGAAUGGAUGGCUCAAAUGUGUAUAUAUAUAUAUAUAUAUAAAAAAAAAUCUAGUAGUUCAUUGUGUUUGUGGGUCAUCUAAUCCAGCUCCUACAUUUCAUUCAGUAUGCACAAACAUCAACUCAUCAUAAAACCUCUAAAUACAUCCAAGUCUAUUUUCAUACAGUAAGUGUCUUUAACCUGAUCUGCGGGCCAUGAUCUGCAACGGUAGUGGAGAUCUCUGUUAAUGCUGUACAUAUAAUAGAGGUUUUUAUGUGGUUUUUGAUAAGUCAUUGAGUUGUUGAUUGGAUAUGCCUGGUUGUUUUUACCCACUUAGUUGCAGGACAGUUGGUGGGUUGGCUUGUCCGUUUUGGCUAGCGAAUGUUUGCAUUUAAAAGAUGCAUCUCUGCACCUGUCACCUGAUAUAGAGGUCCUGGAUGGCAGGGAGCUCAGCCCCAGUGACGUAUUUGGC